CAAUUCGUGAAACUAAGUCCCAUCGGAAACGGCGCGUACGGCUCCGUACACAAGAUUAUGAAUCGGGAGACCCGCGAACUGCUAGCCAUCAAGCAGGUUCCCUCGGGGGUCCUGGGGCUGUGUGACGCCACGUUGCGGGAGAUCAGUACACUGCAGGAGCUGGAUCACCCCAACAUCAUCAGACUGCGUGACGUCAUUGCUUCCACCCCCAGCAAGUACUGCUAUCUGGUUCUGGAGCUCCUUGACUCAGAUCUCAACUCUUUCCUGCACAACCAGCCCGCGCUCAACCCCCGGACUAUUAAGUCGAUCAUGUACCAGGUGCUCUCCGGACUCCGCCACGCCCACUGCCACAGCAUCAUGCACCGAGAUCUCAAGCCACAUAACAUCUUGCUGGGGCUGCCCGGGGCGGCAACCACAGCAACAGCAACAGCAACAGCAACAGCAACAGCAAUAACAACAGCUGCAGCAGGCACAGGAGAGGUGGUCACGCUGUUCUAUCGGGCUCCGGAGCUGCUUCUGGGCUGUCGCCACUACGGCCCCGCUGUGGACAUCUGGUCGGCGGGGUGCUGCCUGGCGGAGAUGUUCCUCCGCGGGCCGCUCUUCACGUCGUCGUGCGAGAUCGGUUUGCUGUACGACAUGUUCCAGAAGCUGGGCACCCCUGGAGCUGACGCGUGGGGCGAGGUGGGGUGCGCCGCCAACUUCAGCGAUCAGUUUCCACAGUGGCCGGGGCGGCCGAUGCCGGAGCUGGUUCCCCAACUCGCACUGGACCCGAUGGGAAUCGAUCUGCUGACCCGGAUGCUCACCUACGACCCCCGCCGCCGCAUCACAGCCUCCCAAGCACUGCGGCACCCCUGGUUCGAGGAGGUG